UUUACCGCAUGCAUUUCAUCACCCGGGAGCAUUUCUUUAGAAAGGUUUUCUCUUGCACGCAAAACACAUCUGUAUAAACCGACUGCCGCGUAUAUAUUUCUGGCUAAUCCCGCAUAUGUGAGAAGUAUAAAGGCGUUUUAGAUGCAAUCCAUUUUUAUUCCACUGUAAUUCAGCGGUGGGCAGCAUCGGUGAGCUGUCUUUAGCAACAUCAGCGAAUUUGCAAGGGCUGUUUUUUAAAAAAAUAAAAAUAAAUAAAUAAAAAAAAACUACAACAACCACAAUGCUUUGCAACACCAUCGUUUUUUUACGCUCUUGCACUGAGCCAAAACACACACCCUGCACACCCACUGUCAUAACAUCACACGCUAAGUAGGAAAUAAACAACUCGUUGUUUUGUUUUUUCUUCUUCUUCUGUCUUCGAGAUGUCUUAAAAAUACAAGCCUGACGUCACUGGGAGUUGUAGUUCUUAUCGUCGCUGGGCGGCUGACUAUGACUACAACUACCGGCAUGCAUCGGGAGGCGACGCCAGUGUCGAUAAUUGAGCUGUUUUUUUUUCAUUAAUUACUAAUUUUUACAGGCAACGGGUAUCUUUAACGAGGUUUAAAAUACGACAGACAGGCGACUUUAAAAAAAAAAAAAAAAAAAAAAACCCCGCCUUGAUGGUUGAGUUAAUUUCGUUUCCUGUUGUAUUGAAGGUUCCCGGCUGGUCGGGUCGCGGAGCCCAGCUGGCUGUACUGAGAGAGGCAUUAGUGCAAACCGGGGAGAAAACAGCCUCUGGGUUAAAAUUAAUACGAAUUAAACCGACAGGGUCUGUAAAAACGCAACGCCCUGCAGGAUUACACAUUGCAGACCCGAAGGGAUCUAAAUAUACCGAAAUAUAGCUCUUUAAAUCGGACCGGGGCUGCCUCACCGCUGCGCCAGGCUGCAAACCUGCUAGUGCUGUCAAAUUUAUUCAUUCAUUUCUCUGUUAAAAUAAUCGGGGGACGGAACAAUCAUUUUCAAGUAUCACGUUAUUCUUCUAAAAGAAAGCAAAUCAGGGAUCGGAUUUUAUUUUGUAUCGUUACGGACUCGUUUCAGUCAUAGCUGUAUUACCUGUUUGUGUUUUGUAAAUACAGCAAGAGUUGCAGAGAAAGGCGAUUAAAACAACAACAAAUGCAUAAAAAAAAAUAAAAAAUAGGUUGAUUUGUCUGGUGUACCCAGAGUGAAGCUGCAGAAUAUUUAACCCUACAGUAACUGGGUUUGGGUUUAGCGCUUCGGUUUUUUGUAUAAAUACAAUCUCUGUAAAAUUACUGAACGUGUAACCUUACCUCGCUCCAUUCUGGGCCAAUAUAAUACAUUAUAAAUUAUUAAUCUAGCUUUGGACUUGAAACCAAACCAAGCCUUCGAGGGCGGUUCUUGUCUUUUUUUAUUAUUGUUAUCUUUGUAUUAUUAUUAUUAUUUCGUUUUAUCUUUGGCGUUUUUAGUUUGAAGUGGUUGUGGGUGGGGGUGAUCGCUCCGGGGAGAUGAAGAAGUUUUUCGAUUCACGCCGAGAGCUGGUAGGGUCGGGCCCCGGCUCCGGAGCUGGCGGCGGGGGAGGCAGCGGUUCAGGCUCCGGGGGCAGUUACAUCGGAAGAGUGUUUGCCGUCGGGAGGCUUCAGGUCACGGUGGAAGAAACCCUGGCUGAAGGUGGAUUUGCCAUCGUGUUCCUCGUGCGAACUCACCAGGGUGUGCGCUGCGCCCUGAAGAGGAUGUACGUCAACAACGAGCACGACCUGCAAGUGUGCAAGCAGGAGAUUCAGAUCAUGAGGGACCUUGUGGGCCAUCGGAACAUCGUGGGCUUCCUGGACUCCAGUGUCACGCCGGUGGGAGCGGGAGACGUGUGGGAGGUGCUCAUCGUCAUGGACUACUGCCGGGGUGGUCAGGUUGUAAACCUGAUGAACCAGCGUCUCCAGACUGGCUUCACAGAGACAGAGGUGCUGCAGAUUUUCUGCGACACGUGUGAGGCAGUGGCGCGGCUCCACCAGUGCAAGACUCCCAUUAUCCACCGUGACCUCAAGGUAGAAAACAUCCUGCUCCAUGACCGGGGUCAUUACGUUCUGUGCGAUUUCGGCAGCGCCACCAAUAAAUACCAGAACCCACAGAGUGAGGGGGUGACGGUGGUGGAGGACGAGAUCAAGAAGUACACCACCCUGUCUUACCGCGCUCCCGAGAUGGUGAACCUGUACAGCGGGCACAUCAUCACUACCAAGGCAGAUAUCUGGGCGAUGGGCUGCCUUCUCUACAAGCUCUGCUUCUUCACCCUGCCCUUCGGGGAAAGCCAGGUGGCCAUCUGUGACGGCAGCUUCACCAUCCCCGACAACUCUCGCUACUCCCCUGACAUGCACUGUCUCAUCCGUUACAUGCUGGAGCCUGACCCUGACCAGCGCCCUGAUAUCUACCAGGUCUCCUACUUUGCCUUCAAGCUGGCCAGGAAGGAAUGCUCAGUGCAAAAUGCGCAGAACUCUCCAAUCCCGGCCAAGCUUCCUGAACCGAUCCGAGCCAGCGAGGCUGUAGCCAAGAAGAGCCAGACCAAAGCCAGGCUGACUGACCCCAUCCCCACCACCGAGACCUCCAUUGCCCCCCGGCAGCGCCCCAAAGCUGGGCAGACUCAGCCAAACGCAGUCGGCAUCCUGCCCAUCCAGCCAGCCCUCACCCCUCGCAAGAGAGCCAACGCGCCCCUGGUGCCCGCCCAGCAACAAGGUGUUACUCUGGCCGGCGCCCAGCCCUCCCCUGCCCCGGCUGUCCAAUCGCAGAAGGCUCAAGCUCCCCAGGCUCCCACCCCCAAGCAGCAAGCCAUGCCCACACAGGCUCCUCCCACCCAGCUGCAAACCACGCCCUCUCAGUCUCCGGCCCCUCCCGCUCACCCCCAAGCCAUGCCCCAGCACCAGCAGCUCUUCCUGAAGCAGCAACAGCAGGCUGUUCAGACACAGCAGCAGUACCAAGUCCUGCAGCAGGCGGCAGCCCAGCAGCAAAUGAUGCAGCAGCAGAUGAUGCAGAACUUCUACCUGCAACAGCAGCAGCAGCAGCAGCAGGCACAACAAAUGGCGCAGCAGGCAGCCAUGCAGCAGAAGGCUGCAGCAGUGGUGCAGCAGCCUCCUCAACAGCAAGCACCACCCGCGCAGCUCCCCAUGCAGCAGCAGCCACCUCAAGCUGUCAUGCAGCACAAGCAGCCCUCCCCAUCGCAGCAAACGCAGCCCGCUGCAGUGCCAGAGGAGACGGUGUUGUCCCAAGGCAGGGCUCGUCCGGUGCAGAAAGUGGGGUCCCUCACCCCCCCAUCCUCCCCCAAGACCCAGCGUGGGGGUCACCGCCGCAUCGUGAGCGAUGUCACACACAGCGCGGUGUUCGGCGUGCCGGUCAGCAAGUCCACACAGCUGCUGCAGGCUGCUGCGGCCGAGGCCGGACUCAACAAGUCCAAGUCUGCCAGCACCACUCCCUCUGGCUCUCCCCACUCCUCCCAGCAGAGUGUGUACCAGCCCCCUCCAGCCGCAGACCUCCCCUCCGCGCUGAGCACCCCCCCUGAAGCCUUGUCCUGGAACCCUUUCGGCAACGACAACUUCUCCAAACUCACCGCGGAGGAGCUUCUCAACAAAGACUUUGGCAAGCUUGCCGACACAGGCAAGGCUGUGGAGAGGCUCAACACCUCCACAGAGAAUCUGAUCCCAGGCUUGCAGCCAGCCCCCACCCCUCCUGCAAACAACUUCGGGGCAAAGCCCUUCUCUCCCGGGGCAGGGGAGCGAUCUGCUGAUAUUCUUGGUUUGGAUUCCAGCCCUCCCCCUUCCCUGCUGUGUGUUCCAGACCCCUUCAACCCUCUCCCACUCUCUGACACUCCAGAAAAGCUGAUUGAGGGACUCAAAUCCCCCGAGCCUCCCUUGCUGCUCCCUGAGCUUUUGCCUCUGGCUGACCCCUUCGGCAGCUCCACAGAGGGCUCCUACAACGGUAAAGUGGAUGCCGUUGUGGACUCUCUGAUUCCUGGUCUGGAAGCUCCCCAGGCUCAGAGGCUCCUCUCCCAGACUGACUCGCUGUCCUCCCCCCUCACAGACACUCUGACUGGGGAGGACUCUCUGCUGGGCUGCUCUCUGCUCCCUCACCCCCCAGUUGCUCCCUCCACUGUCCCUGGCUCUAGCACCCCUGCCCCUGUCCCUUCCCAAGCCCCAGGCACCAGCUCUGGCCUUGGCCUCGGCCUGGAUGAAUUUGCAUCUGUGUCUCUCUCUGCUUCGCUGCAGUCUGACUCCACAAACCUGAUUUCAGGGUUUGCUCCUCUUCCUGAAAGCUCUGAGAAAGUGAAGGAAGAUGAGUUUGAUCCCAUCCCAGUGCUCAUCUCUAAAAAUUCCUCCCAAGGCUUGCAGCUGGAGCAGAACGGGUACCUGGGGCUGACCCUGGAUAGCCACGGCAUCCCCAGCCGAGAGGCCCCGACUCUGGGGUACAGCAGCCUGAACCACGCGGAGGGCCUGCAGAUCCAGAGGGACCCCUCCAGGGCCAGUGCCUUCCACUCCAGCGAGGAGGACAGUGAGGAGGAUGAGAAGGAGGGAGAGGGCUCCGAGGGAGGCAGGGGGGAAGGGGCUCCCUUGGACUGCAGUGGCUCCCAGCCAUUGCUGACAGACUCCUCGGACGAAGCAGAUGCUUCGGAGCAGAGAGGGAGAGGGGAGGGCCGGGAGCAGAGAGGGAGAGGGGAGGGCCGGGAGCCCCAGCAGCCAGACCUCCUCUUGCUUGACGGGGAUCCUUCCGCUGUGGUUUCGCUGUCGACAGAAUUCUCCUUGGUGUUGUUCGGGGGAGGAGGCGCAGCGGCGGCUGGCAGCGAAGAAGAUGUUUUCACCUCGGCUCCUUUCAGGAACUCCAGGGGAGCGGAGAGCAAGGAUGUGUUCCAGAGCGCCCCUUUCCCUCGCCCAGCCACCGCAGACCCCCAGCCGGCAGACGAAUUUGACGUCUUCCUCCGUGCCCCUUUCGGAAGGAAGAACCAGCUGCACGGAACCGGCUCUGGCUACCACCAAUCCGGCCAGCCCCUGCCUUACCCCAUCCCAAUGCAGCACGCCACCUCCUUCACCACUCCUCUCCCUCGCCCUGGCGCCACAACCCAGCUGGCGGAGUGCUCCGCGCCGGCCCCCAGCGCCGUGAUUCGGGCUCACGCCCUCCCCCCCCAGGUGGCCCCCAAGCCCUUCCGCCCCCAAGCUCUCGCCAAGUACUCCCGGCACCACGCCCCCCCCGAUGAGGCCGUGGCGCAGCAGCCCAUGGUGACCCACCACGCGGUCUCCAACGUGGCCCGCCAGCCCGCCCCCGUGGCGCCUCUGCACUCCUGGACUUCCGAAGUCUGCGCAUCCGACCCCUUCAUCUCGGCGCCUUUCCCCUUCAAAGCUCCCAAGGAGAAGCCCUAGAUAAGAGUGUGUUCAGACUUCUUGAUUUCAAGAUCUUGCAGCCCGCUAAAUAAUUCCACACGCGCGUCGCUAUCAAGGUAUCGAACAGGUGGUCUUGAGAGAGAUCUGCGUUUUCACGAACAUGUCUUUACAUUUUAAUAUCCUGGUUCUGCCCAAGGUUAAAGACCGCUCUGUUUGCAGGGUUUGCUUUCUCGUAGUCCUGUUUGUAACCAAUCGGCUACUUCCCACUAAUGACUGACGUUCUUUGCAGCUGGUAAGACGCUGCUGAGGUGAAACAGCCCAGGAAGUGCAACAGAUUUUGUGGAAGGGAAGGCAAGCAAACUCAGAAAGGGGAAGGGGGGGGGUGGGGGGAAUCCAUCAAGAAUGGCGCCCCCUGUGACAAUUCUAUUGUUUCAUGUGAACUGCAGCAUGCAAUCGUACCCCCCAAUACACUACAUUGACCUGAUUGUGAUCUGCAGGCUUGCUCCUUAUGGUUUCCUGUCAAGUGUUUUUUACAUUGUGGUUUGUUGUUUGCACAUUGAGUAGGGCUUGUUGUUUCUAAACCCAUUUACAGGGUUGUAUUGGGUAUUAUAGGACAGUAACGCCUUUUAAAGUCUGUUUCAUUUUUUGCCACAUUUUUUCAGCUCUUUACCAGGUCAGAUCUGACACAGCCAGUGCCGGGUGCAAUUCCUGGCUUUCAAUUUCCAAUUCCUUUUUAAAAUCAAUUUCCAAUUCCAGUGCCUGCAAAAGGAAUUGAUGUUUUAGAGACGCGGUCGCUGGUGUGAUUCUGUUCAGCUGCUUUCGUUUCAUUGGCUAACGGUGUCUUGCGUUUCAGUUGCUUGCCGCCACUGUGAGAGGCUCAUUUUUAACAGAAUACUUCCGCUUGCAAUUUUGGUCAGCGAUGUGCUGGAAGUGAUUUAAAAGGGGGUGGGAAUUGGAAUUGGGAAUUUUAAAAAUGGAUGUGGAAUUGAGAAAUCGAGAAUUGACCCCCAUCCUUGAAUACAACACUAUAGAAGACAAACUCCACUGCCUGCUGAUUUCCUGAUCAAGUCUACCUUGUCAGGAAUCUGGCCUACAGCACAGGUAGUGAAUCUCAAGCAAGAAAACUAAGUGCACUUUUAAGACUCUGUUGUAUUUCUAUGCAAGGUUUCAGCAAUGUCACUAAAAUAAACCAUGCAGAUCCUUUCAGCGGCUCGAGAGACCAGGGCAAUGCUGGUGCCUUUUGCAUUUGUGAUUUUGUAUUGUACUGCAGCUCAGUGUAACUGUGUUUGUUUGACACUGUAGUUUUAUUGCAAAUGCAGGUUUUCAGACUCCUCCUGUUUUUUGUGGGUUUUUUUUAAUUUUUCUUAUUUGAUUUAGUAUUUUUUUUCUGCAAGAGCAAGCUCCCAUAAUGUUCAAGGGAGUUGCUUUGCAGAAGGACAGUGCUGUGUGUGUUUGUGUGUCAUCCUCUUCUGUUACAUUAACACUAAGGCACCUUUCUCCGUGGGACCUCCCUCCCUCCUGUUUUUUUUAGAAGGCUCUUGUUUUAUUAUCUUGAAAUACUUGAUUUACAAAAAGCACUUGACCUUGUUAAGUACUGUUAUUGCAAACUGUGUAGAAUAAGAAAGUCGGCUAGUAAAUAAAAUAAACAAGAAAAUAAGAUAACAUUG